UUGAUCCAUAAUCAUCAGAAGAUGUUGAUCCAAGAAUAUGUCUUGGUAAAAUCACGGCGACUGGAUAAGGUAACCUCAUACAGAAUGAAAGUGGAUAGCAAAAUAGCCCCGCCCACUCGAGAGUCUCCACGCCCCGCCCACCGCGCGGCAGAACCCGCUCGCUCCGGUAGAGAACUCUUCCAAGACACGGACUGCUCUAACGUUCUCUCUGGAGCAUUUCAGGAGUUCUUACACAUGGGAAGAUGCAUUCGGGCAUCCCUGAUAAAGCGGGCUCGCAGAGGAAACGGACGCUGUCCCGGGGAAUGAGCGAGGACGAGUCUCUGCAGCACAUCAUCAGAGACGCAGAAGAAUCGAGCAGACACCUGUCACGCAGCGAUAGCAGAUAUGGAUCAUUAAUACGAGGACAAAGACAAGAAAGCAAUAGUGAAGAUGAUCUUCAUUCUGAAAACCUGGAAACUAUGGAGGUGAGAGCCAGCUACGAGGACUGUCUGCUGGAGGUGCGCACCCUGGAGGCUCUUCUGUUCCAGGUGGACUGUCUUCAGGACGCCCUCGAGAGCACGGAGGAGAUGCUCGCUGAGACACAGAGAGACAACCACAGUCUCACCAUGGAACUGGAGCGAGAACGAGCGAGGAGGAGGACGUCGGAGGACAUCAUUGCCUCAUUAAAGCGGGAGCUGGAGAGGUCACGAGAGGAGAGAGCUGGUGAGCGGCGUCAGUGGAGCGAGGGGACGCCCGUGCACUGGGACGAACACACACACACACACACUGCAGAGGAUCUGAACACAAGCCUGUUUCUCAGUCUGAAGCACCAAGCUCAGAGCACAGAGGAGAACGAUGAGAGCAGCGGAUAUGAAGACGCUCCGUCUGAGUUCUCUCCCACUCCACACACAGAAGAGGAGGGAGACUCCAAAAACACCGAUUCUUGUGCUCUCUCUUAAAUCACUCUUAAAGUGCUGAUGAACCUAGAUUUAUUCAUUCGUCUGCUAGGAGUUUGACACUUAAGCCAAGGUGGCUUCUUUUGAACAGCCUUUGCACAAGCUAACAGCUUUAAAAUGAAGAUUGCUUUGUUUUUCUCAUCAGUACACAAAAUGAUUCAGGAAAGAAGGGAUCUGCACCUUGUUUCUGUUGGUAAAUUCAGUGUGGUUUUUUGUGUGUUGGACUUUGUUACAUUUCUGUUCACCUUGCUAUUACACAAGCAAGACGAGACACAAGGUAGUACUCGGUGUCUGUGUUUCAGCAUUAUUUUAUCAUAUCGUAUUAAUAAUCCAGUGACAACAAUCACUUUAAGCUCAAAAUGCAGUGAAGUGUUGUGUGAAAGCUGUUUUUUUCUGGAUGACACUGUCCUAGCUGCAAACCAGCUGUGAACUAGACGCAUGUGUUUAAAGCACAGGGGGUUACACCAGAUAUUAUUCUUAUUCGACUUGUUUUAAAGCAGCGGCAUGUAGUUUUGUGACCCCUACACUUCAGUGAGUGUCUUCCAUCUACUGUCAUGAAUACAGGAGCUGUUUCUGCAGUAAAACAAUCCAUCUUUCUGUGGAAUAUAGUUCCUCCCAGAACAGACGAGUGUGAAACUAACACGAGCCAUGCCUUAUUACAUCAGUGUCCUGAUAUCUCAAGAUAUUUCUAAUGACAAAACAUCUGUUCUUCAGAGGACUCUUGUUCAUAUGAAAUCUAAUACUUAUAUAUAACAUUAUUAACGGCUUUGCUUUAGAUUCUUGUAUUACUAAAGUUUAAACAUUUUUUGUCAUGUUUUAUUUCAAAGUCCAGUUCUUGCUAUUAAGAAACCAUGACUUUUGCCUCAGUAAACGUUAGGUCUUGGGCAGGAUUAUGUAGAAUAUGGAUGUGUUAUUAAUACGCAUGCUGUUCUUAUCUCUUCUUUC